AUGUAUAUUCCAAGACGAACACUUUAUCAUUCCACUCUUCGUCUUGCAACUCACCCGUCAUGUUCCGUCCGCCUAUUGACAACGACUGCCAAACAACCACCCUCCUUUUCGACAAAAACGCGCAACUUUGUUCUUGGUACAGCUAGCAUUUUUGCGACCGUGCUUUUUCUCGAUUACUACUUUGACUCUCGAGCUGCGAUCCACAAAUACCUUUUAAUGCCGGUUCUACGAGGAGUCCUCGAUGCGGAAGACGCACAUCGAUUGGCAAUAUGGUCGGCCAAAUGGGGAUUGAGCGCAAGUGAUCGAGUAAAGGAUGAUGAGAGAUUAGCUGUGGAAGUGUGGGGAAGAAAAAUGGCGAAUCCGGUGGGAUUGGCUGCUGGUUUUGAUAAGCAUGGUGAAGCGAUUGAUGGAUUAUUUGAUAUAGGUUUUGGUUAUGUCGAGAUUGGAAGUGUCACACCAAAACCACAGCCUGGUAAUCCGAAACCACGCGUUUUUCGCCUACCCCAAGAUAGAGCAUUAAUAAAUCGUUACGGAUUUCCAUCUGAUGGCCACCGGACUGUCGCUCUACGUCUCCGCGAGCGUAUACGUCGAUAUAUCUACGGCACUCUAUCACAUCACCCCAAAGAGACUGCUCGAUUACUUGCAUCUUCUCCCGAUGGCUUUGGUACUCUCGUUGAUGCCAUCGGCGUCAACAGAAGUUUGUAUGGGAGUAAGUUGCUGGGCAUCAAUCUGGGGAAGAAUAAAUCUAGUGACGUCGAAUCGGUAGAAGAUUAUGUAAAAGGCGUUAAAGAGUUGGGGGAUUAUGCUGACGUUCUUGUGAUUAAUGUGAGCAGCCCAAAUACGCCUGGGUUACGGAGUUUGCAAAAGAGAGAGAAACUGGAAAAAUUAUUGAGAGAGGUCAUAAGAGCACGAAAUACUCUUAGCAAACCACAACCGCCGUUGCUGGUUAAAAUAUCACCUGAUUUAUCAGAUGAAGAGCUUGAUGACAUUUCCGAUGUAGCAGUCGCUACUGGCGUAGACGGUAUCAUUAUUUCAAACACGACUAUUUCUAGAGCAGACACUCUCUUCAGUGGCAAGUAUAUACAUAUGAGAAUCAAUAUGGAUGAGUUGCAUUUUUACCUUUCAGCAUUCUCACAAAAUUAA